CCCCCCCCCCCCCCCCCCCCCCCCCCCCUCCUUCUCCGCCUCUCCUCAGUCUCCGGGCUGUUGGCUUCAACUUCUCGGCGACACACCACUUCACAUUAUUCCGGAGUGGAUACGACGAGCAGCUUUUCAAAGAACAUGGCUCGCAUGCACAGAACACUUCUACCGCUACUUCUCUGCCUCCUCAACUGGAGCGCAUGGGCCAAGGUGGAUCUGAAUAUGCAUGAGGGUGUUGAGGUGUACCUCGGUGACUCGGCUCAGAUCCCCUGCCGGUACAGCUUCACUGACGCCGACAACAAGCCCAGCUUUUUCAUGAUCCAGUGGUUUGUGAGAGCUUUCCGCCAGCCAGCCAGCCCACGCAUACGGAUCUUCUACGGUGAUGACAAGCAGCAGAUGGUGGACAACAACACGGACUACAGCGGUCGCAUCCAGGUGACUUCAGACCAGCAGGGAACUCAACUCACCAUCCAAGAUGUCCAGCUCAGCGAUGAGAGGGAAUUCUUCUGCCAGGUUAACGGGCUGGUUGCCGGGAGCGCUGAGGGCAAGACCCACCUCCGAGUGUUUGCUCCUCCAGAGGCUCCAGUGAUCGAGGGUGUCACUACUGGAAUAUCUGUGACCAAUAAGGUGCCGUCUAAGGUUGCAUCAUGUGAGGCUCGCAACGGCUACCCUAAACCCAACAUCACCUGGUACAGGAACAGCAUGCCACUGAUGAAUACACCAGGGUAUGUCAACGUUUUGAUCCUGGUGACCCGGAAGUCCAAUGUCUCCGGGGUCUCCGUCCAGAGCACACUGAACUACAAGGUGGUGAAGGAGGACAAGGAUGCCCAUUUCUCCUGUGAGGUCAGCUUCUUUGUCCCGGGAGCCAUCAGGACAGUAGAGUCCAACAGCAUCAACAUCACUGUUCACUACCCCACCACCAUGGUGGAGCUGUGGAAGGAGUCGCCCCAGGGCUUGGUUAAAGAGGGGGAUACUGUGGAACUGCGUUGCCAGGGUGAUGGCAACCCCCCGCCAGUCUUCAUUUUCAACCGAGAACAAGAGCUGGAUGUGGACUUGGAGAGCAACCACGGCAACGUGUUGAUGCUGUCCCCGGUAACACGGAAAGACAGCGGCAUCUACCAGUGUCGUCCACUGGACUCUGAGGUCAAAGGAGAAAUGCAGCUCACUGUGAACUACUUGGACGCAGCUGUGGUCGUCCCUAAAGACUCUGAGGUCAUGCUGAAAGGAGAAGAUCUGACUGCAACCUGCAACGCUCUGUCCUCCCUGAAAACAUCCACUGUCUGGUACAAGAAUGGAAAGCAGGUGGGUAAGGGGAACACAUUGCAUCUGAGGGACGCCACCUAUGAAACAACAGGAGAGUAUAUUUGUGAGGUGACCGUUCCCUCCCUGCCAGCCCUGCACGCCAGCGGCUCCGUCCACAUCAUCGUCCAAGGUGGUCCCCAGCUGGUGGGAGUUGAGCAGGAGGUGCAGCUGGAGGAGGCAACAGGCAGGAUGGUGAACCUGAGCUGUGAGGUUCAGGGCCAUCCGCUGCCCAGCCUCUCCUGGACCAUCAUGGGCAGCCAGAACUGGCACGAGGUGGUGAACAAGGCAAACGAGCACAUUAUCCACAGCGUGGUGUCGGUCAGAGUCACCUCGGACACCAGCGCUCUGUGCAACGCUUCCAACGACCUGGGCACUGAGGUCAAGGCUUUCAGCAUCAAAGCCAUUCCCAGAGUGACUUCAGCUGCUCCCUUCUCUCCUGCUGAGGGCAGCGGGGUGAUCAUCGUGGUGAUCAUACUGUGUCUGCUGCUGCUCGCCGUCCUCGGCAGCGUUCUCUACUUCCUGCAUAAGAAGGGGAAGAUCCCCUGUGGACGCUCCGGGAAACAGGAGAUCAGCACCAAAGAGAAGACCACCAAAGAUGACAUCGUCGUGGAGAUGAAGACCAACACAAAGAACGAGGAAGCUGUCCUCCUCAAGGCUGUCAACGGGGACAAGAAGGGCCCUAGUGAACAGUGAAGUCCCUGACGGUUCAGCAACAAGGAGGACACAUGAAGCCAGCAGUCAGUGUGAUCUGAGACCUGCAGGGUAACCCCCUCCUCACAGUCCCGACAUUCCCCCAUCAUGCUUUGUUCUCAGCAGUAUUUAGUAGAUUUACACAGGAACACAUCGCCACAUACUUCCAUUACACACACACACAUACACACACAGGUAUGUAUAUACUCAUGUGUACUUUCCUUUGAAUGAAUGUUUGCCUCCCUGACAUUCAGUUCCUCCAUCUGUUCUGUACCAUUCCCUUAAACUGUUCAGCGUGUGUACGAUGGUGUCUCGUGUUGCAUCAUCAGACCUUUUUUUUUAUUUUUAUGAAAGUGUAUAUAUUAUAUAUAUUUUGUUAUUUAAGAUAUUUUGGCACUCCGAUUUUCAACUGGCGCUUGCGUCUGGGUCGUGUGCAUGUUGAUCCGUGUUCAUGGAGUCCAGGCGAGUUUUGGGACGGGACAUGAUGUCAGAGACC